GUGUUGUACAACGGCGCCGCCGUGAAGCAGGUGGAUGUCCCCACGCUGAGCGGCUCCUUCGGCAUCUUGGCGGCUCAUGUUCCCACCCUGCAGGUCCUUAAACCCGGAGUUGUGACGGUCUUUGCCGAGGACGGCACAGCGACCAAGUACUUUGUGAGCAGUGGCUCCAUCACAGUCAAUGCUGACUCCUCAGUGCAGCUGCUGGCAGAAGAGGUGGCCACUUUGGACAUGCUGGAUCUCGCUACUGCUAAGUCGAAUCUGGAUAAGGCCUUAUCCCAACUGGCUGCAGCACCUGACGAAACGGCUAAAGUAGAAGCCCAGAUUAACGUGGAAGCCAGUGAGGCCCUUGUGAAAGCCCUGGAGUAAUUAGGGGUGUCGAUGUGCAGAAGCCAUGGACUGGGGCCGGGCCCGGCUCCCCUCCCCCCACCACCCGUUUGUACAGAUGGCGUGAGACAGAUUCGCUUUGAUCAAUUAAAGAAAACAAAAGCCCCAA